AGUUGAUGUUUGUGGGCUGGGCCUUGUGGAAGAGAAGCCUCGUGGUGCCUCCUGGCUGAGGAGGCCCGAGGAAAGAAAGCGGAAGCCCAUGUUCGACUGCUGCUUUUCUCUGACACGUGCAGUCUAACUUUGAGCUGCCUCUUUUUGCAGUCCUGAAAGGCCAAAGCGCCGGUUGUCUGUUACCCAUACGUUUCUGUAGGCAAGCCAUGGCUCAGCUCCAGACACGCUUCUUCACUGACAAUAAGAAAUAUGCGGUGGAUGAUGUUCCUUUCUCAAUACCUGCAGCCUCUGAAAUUGCUGACCUUAGUAACAUCAUCAAUAAAUUGCUGGAGGCCAAAAACGAGUUCCACAAACAUGUGGAGUUUGAUUUCCUUAUCAAGGGCCAGUUUCUGCGAAUGCCCUUGUUCAAACACAUGGAACUGGAAAACAUCUCCUCGGAAGAGGUUGUGGAACUAGAGUACGUGGAGAAGUAUACUGCACCUCAGCCAGAACAAUGCAUGUUCCAUGAUGACUGGAUCAGUGCGAUCGACGGGGCAGAGGAAUGGAUCUUGACUGGUUCUUAUGAUAAGACUUCUCGGAUCUGGUCCUUGGAAGGAAAGUCAAUAAUGACAGUUGUGGGACAUACAGAUGUUGUAAAAGAUGUGGCCUGGGUGAAAAAAGACAAUUUGUCUUGCAUACUGCUGAGUGCCUCUAUGGAUCAGACUAUUCUCCUGUGGGAGUGGAAUGUAGAGAGAAACAAAGUGAAAGCCCUGCACUGCUGCAGGGGUCAUGCUGGCAGUGUGGAUUCUAUAGCUGUUGAUAGCACAGGAACCAAAUUUUGCAGUGGCUCCUGGGAUAAGAUGCUAAAGAUUUGGUCUACAGUCCCUACAGAUGAAGAAGAUGAAAUGGAAGAAUCCACAAAUCGACCGAGAAAGAAACAGAAAACAGAGCAAUUGGGACUAACAAGAACUCCCAUAGUGACCCUCUCUGGCCACAAGGAAGCAAUAUCCUCGGUUUUGUGGUCAGAUGCUGAAGAAAUCUGCAGUGCAUCUUGGGACCACACAAUUAGAGUGUGGGAUGUUGAGUCCGGCAGUCUUAAGUCAACUUUGACAGGAAAUAAAGUGUUUAAUUGUAUCUCCUAUUCUCCACUUUGUAAACGUUUAGCAUCUGGAAGUACAGAUAGGCAUAUCAGAUUGUGGGAUCCCCGAACUAAAGAUGGUUCUUUGGUGUCGCUGUCCCUAACCUCCCAUACAGGCUGGGUCACGUCAGUCAAGUGGUCUCCUGCCCAUGAGCAGCAGCUCAUUUCAGGCUCUUUAGAUAACAUGGUUAAGCUGUGGGAUACGAGAAGUUGUAAGGCUCCUCUCUAUGAUCUGGCUGCUCAUGAAGACAAAGUUCUGAGUGUAGACUGGACAGACACAGGGUUACUUCUGAGUGGAGGAGCAGACAAUAAAUUGUAUUCCUAUAGAUAUUCACCUACGACUUCCCAUGUGGGCGCAUGAAAGUGAAUGAUAAAUUUGGCUACAGAGAUUCCUUCUGUAAAUGAAAUUGAUAGAGGAUUCUCAGAUUACAUCAAUGCAGGUGCAGGAAGCAGCCUUUUAGAUUAAAGUUUAUAUACUAUUUCACCCUU